UUCUAUCCAAGUCGGAGUAGAGGAAAGCAACGGGGGAGCAGGGAGGCAGCAGAGACCCACACAGACCCGGACCCACACUUCUCUUCUCGAGGUUUUACCCGCAGUGAAAAUGACCCAGUGUGUGCAUUGGAUGCUGUAUUUGGCGGUUCUGGUGGCGUUCGCCGCCUGCAACGCUCCACCGGUCCCGUUAGACGACAUCUUCAUUGAGAAAACUUUCGUGCCAGAACAGUGUGUGCGCGCAGUCAAAGUGGGGGAUUAUGUCAGGUAUCACUACAAUGGCAUGUUUCCAGACGGCAAGAAGUUCGACUCAAGUUACGACCGUGGCAGCACCUACAAUGUGUUUGUUGGCAAGAAGCAGCUGAUCGCCGGGAUGGACAAAGCUCUGGUGGGGAUGUGUGUCAACGAGAGAAGCCUGGUCAAGAUCCCACCUCACCUGGCAUAUGGCAAACAGGGCUACGGUGACAUCAUCCCUCCAGACUCCAUCCUCCAUUUUGACGUCCUGCUGCUCGACGUGUGGAACCCGGAGGAUGGCGUCCAGAGCAAAACCUACCACACACCCUCCAACUGCUCCAGAAAGGUGGAGGUGUCCGACUACAUCCGCUACCACUACAACGGCACUCUGCUGGACGGGACGCUCUUUGAUUCCAGCCACACCCGUAUGCGUACCUACGACACGUACGUUGGGAUUGGCUGGCUGAUAGCUGGUAUGGAUCAGGGCCUUCUGGGAAUGUGUGUUGGAGAGAGACGCAUCAUCACUAUGCCUCCGUCACUUGGAUACGGAGAGAAUGGAGACGGAAGUGACAUCCCAGGACAGGCGUCUCUGGUGUUUGAUGUAGUUCUCCUGGACCUCCACAACCCCAAAGAUGGGAUCACAGUGACCAAUCAGAUUAUACCUGAGUCCUGCACAAGGAAGUCCGUUGCUGGAGACUUUGUACGCUAUCACUACAAUGGCAGCCUCCUCGAUGGAACAUUUUUUGAUUCCAGCUACUCUCGUAAUCGUACCUAUGACACCUAUGUGGGUAAAGGCUACGUGAUCGCCGGCAUGGACGAGGCUCUGAUUGGAGUCUGUAUCGGAGAGAAACGCACCGUCACCAUCCCCCCACACCUCGGCUACGGAGAGGAGGGCACAGGUUCUAAGAUCCCUGGUUCAGCUGUACUGGUGUUUGACGUUCACAUCAUCGACUUCCACAACCCGUCAGACAACAUUGAGAUCACCAUCAUGCACAAGCCAGAAGAGUGUGAUAAGCAAACCAAGAAGGGAGACUUUAUCAAAUACCACUACAACGCCUCUCUGAUGGACGGCUCAUCCAUCGACUCCACAUAUAAUUAUGGAAAGACAUACAACAUCGUCCUGGGAGCCAAUCAGGUCGUCCCAGGGAUGGAGGACGGACUGAAGGACAUGUGUGUGGGAGAGAAAAGGCACCUUGUUAUCCCUCCUCACCUUGGCUACGGGGAGAGAGGAGUCACUGACGAAGUCCCAGGGAGCGCUGUGCUGGUGUUUGACAUCGAGCUGGUAGAAAUGGAGGAAGGACUUCCUGAAGGCUACAUGUUCAUCUGGAACGACGAUGUGUCAACUGACCUCUUUACUGAGAUGGACAAAGACAAGAACCAGGAGGUGGAGCCCUCUGAGUUUACUGACUACAUCAUGCAGCAGGUGAACGACGGUAAAGGUCGCCUGGCUCCCGGCUUCGAUCCUUAUCGCAUCAUUGACAACAUGUUCUCCAACCAGGACCGCGAUGGAGACGGAAAGAUCACAGAGGCAGAGUUCAGACUUAAAGCUGAUGAAGACGUCUCCCAUGACGAGCUAUGACGGGACUGAGUGUAAAACUCAGAUCAGGGGGAAGGCGGAAGGGUCAGACAGCGGGGUUGUAAUACAUAUGUGGGCGGUAGAGUAGAAAGAGACAGGGUUGUAAGAAUGGGAGCGAGAAAUAUGCUGAGAGAUUUGUUUGGUUUUUUAUUUUGAAGAUUUAGAUGAUGUUUGAACGGCUUCUUGGCCUUUAAGAAUAAAGUGAAAAGAAAGAGGGAAGAUUUAGAAAUGAGAUUAUAUUGAGUGCUAAAUAUUGUGAAGACUCACCCGAGGUCUAUGAUGACUGUUUUUACCUCCAUUCACAUCAAGUUCUUGUCUUGUUUUAUGUGACAUUUGAUUAUUUUAUUUUGAAGGGUACAAAAGCACUCGUGUGAAAGAACAAACCAAGGCCUCACUCCACGAUCUCUGCAUUCAACACUCCUUUGUGACUUUUAUUGUCGUUAACAUUUCGUGAUUGUGCGUGAAACUUUUUUUUCCCUUUCACUGGGCAUCAGUUUGUCUCUGAAAUAUCGGACAUUCUUCAGGAGCGACGAGUCGCCCAUCACUCACUGUUUUAUACGGUGAUGAUGGGGGAAAGUUACGUUUGUUUCUGAAAGUGAGAAUGUUUAGUUAGAAUAACAUUUUAUUUAAAUCGGUAACAGCUGAAACCUUUUAUUCUUUCACCUUUAAAUGUCAGGAUGCCUUCUGUGUUUCUGCUGUUAAAUCAUCCAAAGCAACACUGAAAGGUCCCAAAUCCUUAAAUGUUGGGGCUUUGCAGUCUUUCAAUCAGACUCCAUUGCUUGUUUUUUCUUCAUCCAAAUUUCAUCAUCUGGAUGCAUCAGGAUGAAUGCAAGACUUUGUGUGUGUGGGUUUGUGUGUAUGUGUGUGUGUGAGAAAGAAAUAGAGAAAAAUGUGAGUGUAACUGUUGCUUUUGUUUUACUUUUUUUAUUCAGGAGAAUACCGAGGCUUGAUGAUGAAUAUGUCAACACAAAGUUUAAUUUGAUUAAAUGACCAGACCUAAAUAUAAGCCUAGAUUGGGUCUGUCCUUUUCGUACUAUAAGUGUGUCUCUCCGCUUUAGACACUUAUUUUAACUUUUUCUUUUACCAAUAGCAUUGUCACAAUGACUCACAAUGGAAAGGUUUUAAAAAAGGAUCAAAAUAAAUCUGCGACCUUCUCUGUGGAAAAAAACAUCUCAAUAUUUUCUCUUCAUUGCUGAAAUAUUUGACGACAGCCAGAAGAUUGCUGUAUUUUAUAUUAGUUGCACAAUCCUUCAUCAAUAACCCAAAGUGAUGUCUGAUAUGUUUUACGGCUGGAUUAAGCUCCAGACUAUAGUUUGAUAAUGAAUCACAUGUAUUCACUGUACCUGACUUGUGGGCCUUUUUAAGUAAACCCUUCUUAUUUGUAGUUGUUGUUAUUUCUUCGUUAUUGUCAUUAUCGUAGUUCCUCAGUUUCUGAGGAUUUUGAUUAACAUGUCAAUAUGUAACUUGGAGUUAAUUUAGCUCAGUGAUUGAGGUUUAUUUUUUGCCUGUUAGGGAGAAGUGAUGACAGAGUCAACCUCUAAGUUUAAUUCUGCAUAAAACUAGGAAAUACAGUUAAGGUGCUGUUUCAGUCUGUUACUGGUUCAGUACAAAACCAGGCUUGUAUGGGUAAAUGCUGUUAACCAGAUUAGCCUGGCAACUAAUGUAACUAAUACUUCCUCCCAGUGUCGAUAAGGAUCUGGAAGACAGCUGUUCUGCAACCUCUGGUAUCAAACGGGUGUUUUGUAAAAUUCAGUUCAGCAUAUAUUAUAACACGGGCUGCCUUUGUAUCACUUAUUUCAGGCCUUUCACAUCAGUAAUCCCAAAAGCAGGAUGGCAAAGGAAAUGCUGCCCUUCAGAACCAUGCUUGGUACUCAUAUUGUAUUUCUAAAUUAAGAUAAAUCACAUUACUUAUAAAACAUAAAUUACACUUUAAGAUACCGAUCACUAUAGAUUCUAACGGUUUAAGGAAGCAAAGGUCACCGUUGUACAAGUGUCAGUCAGGGGGACAAAACCACAGAGAGCUUUAUGGCCUCGUACUUCCUGUUGUUUCCACGACAGAGCAGGAGCUUCAGCUGGUGGAAAAAUUCAACCAUAGUUCACUGCAGAUUCUCGAUUUUGCAACAAUGUUUCCAAGUAUUUGUUUAAUUUACAAUUGUUAGUUAACUCAUUAAUUAAUGAUUUGAAUAAUUUUCUUCUUAGAAUUAGUAUGAAAAAUGGAAUUGGGACACACGGCCAAUG